GUUUUUUAUCAGCACUUCUGUCAUAAAAUGUGUCAUACACAUAGCACAGACAUAUACUGUCUGUGGACGUUUUACCACGAUGUUAAAGUGCGUGAAAUGCCUCGUAGUGCGUCAUUAUGAACUGGUUUAGCUAACUGGCUGUAGUUCAGUGCUUUGUGAAGUCCCAUCACCACUGACGAGCAGCAGACUUCAAUAACUUCAUGUUGUUUUCUUAAUUUGCGUUUCUCUCAGUCACUGUACAAAGAGCUUAAAUUACCUUACACGAAAGCUAGCUAGCCACCUGAUAUAAGUACUCUACUAAUAUUAGCUAAUGCCAAAUGAGCUAAACCUCCAAUGAAUAUAUAUGCAUUUGUCAAGAUUAUCUUUUAAUCAUAGUUUUUUUUGGUUUUAAUAAACUAAAAGUAACUGAUCUGCAGCUGCACUUCCUGACUCAGCAGAGAGAAGGGCGCACCUUGAUUGGUCGAGGACUUGAACCAAAUCUCCUGCAUGAACCCUGAUUGGUUAACAGCCUGUUGAUGAGCAGGGGGCGUGUCUUCGCCUGCCUGCACACGUGCAAACAUUUUAAAUAGAGGCCGCCGUGCUGGAUGUUGACUGAUCAGUCCGAGGCUUCGCUGGAUUCUGGAGUUUUCUCACAGCUACUUGUUCACUCACCGAGAGAAGAAGAGGAGGCGGCAGGAGUCUGAACUCAUGUCUUCCUCUCUCCCCGGAGACACUCUGGCUAAGAUGCAGCCGGACGCCUACGGGUGCGUGGUGGCGAACAGGUUCGGGGAACUCCUGGACGACGACGCGGACCCGUUCGACAUGAUCAGAGCAGUGGAGAAGGAGAAGAAGAAGAAGCAGGAGGAUGAGAGGAAGGGCAAGCCGAAGAAACCCGGCCAGAAGGAGUCUCAGAAGGACAGGAGGGUCCCCAGAGCUCCGGGGCUCCAGGAACCAGCUCCAGUCCAAAAGCAGCAGCAGCAGCAGCAGCAGCAACAGGCUCGUCCUGGACCAGUGGUGGAGACCCGAGAGGAGGCUCAGAGGGGCAUGAAGAGAGGUGUGGCUGGGGAGCGCAGGGCCAGCCAGGAGGAGAGGCCACAGGAGUAUUCCAUCGAAAAGCCUAACUCUCAUUUGGACUCUGACCUCAGGGGCCGAGAGGGGCCCAGAGGCAGGAGAGGAGCACGAGGUGGAGGAUACACAAGGAACCUAGACAACUUCAACCUGAGGGGCAAGAGAGAGUAUGAUCGACACAAUGGAACAGGAAUAUCUCCUGAGGAAAAGAGAGGAGGCAGAGGACCCUGGAACUGGGGCUGUGUUGAAGAGGCCACAAGUGAACUGAUGGAGGUGUCAUCUGAUGCUCAGGUCAAAGCAGAGGAGGCCCAAAUGACUGUGGAUGAAAAUCCUAAUCCAGCAACAGAAGAGGAGGAUGGAGAGAUGGUGGUCCAUGUUGCCAUGGAGAUGACCCUGGACGAGUGGAAGGCCAUGCAGGAGAUAAGUCGUCCCAAGGCGGAGUUCAAUAUCCGCAAGACGGAGAACCAGAUUCCCUCCAAAGCCAAAGUCAUCCACAAGUCAAAGCCCCUGGAGAACCUCAAGUCCCCCCCUGUGGAGGAGAUAGAGGAUGAAGGCAACUUCCUCCGUCGGUCUGUGAAUGACAUCACCUCUCUCCUGGACAUCAACUUCGGGAGUCUUGGCCGGCCCUGCCGCGGGGGGCGAGGAAGAGGAGCUCGAGGGGGCAUGACCAAUCGCCCAGAGAGACCGAAACCGAUACUGGAGAAGGAGGACGAUCUGGCUCCUAACCCAGACGACCCAGAAGACUUCCCUGCUCUUCCAACAGGAAGAUAACUGAACACACUCGUCUUCGUUCAACUCCUGUGGGGAGAAUUCGUUGCACUUCUCACUUGCUUGACAACACUGUUUAAGUCCCUGCUGUUCUUAAGGUUUGGGGUUCUAUUGCACUAUUGAAGAGUUUGACUCCCUGAGAAUAAAUAAUAUGGCAAGUUUA